UGGGGUCAUUUCAGUUUGAGUCGUGGCCACAGAUCUGACAGUCAGUCACGCUGAGGCCUCAGGUGCUGGAUGUUAUCUGAUGCGACAUGGAACUGCUGCCCUCCCUGCUGUCCACGCUGAGCGCCCUGGACCCGGACACACUGGAUCAGGAGUACAGCGCGCUGCGUUCACAGACCUCAUUAAUGAAGAGAGAUCUGGGUUUGACCACUGAGGCUGGAGCUCUGAAGGAGAACAUCAAGAAGAACAGAUACAAAGACAUCCUGCCAUAUGACCAAUCUCGGGUGGUGUUGACUCUGCUGACCACAGACUCAGACUCGGAUUACAUCAAUGCAAGUUUUAUCAAGGGGGCGUCAGCAGACAACAGGUACAUCGCCUCACAGGCUCCUCUCAGCUCCACAGUGACGGACUUCUGGAGGAUGAUCUGGCAGCAUGGCGUCAAGGUGAUAGUGAUGGCCUGCAGAGAGGUAGAGAUGGGAAAGAGGAAGUGUGAGUGUUACUGGGCUCCGGUUCAUCGGUCGACUGAAUUCGGACCAUUUACCAUCAACAAUCAGGGGGAGACAUAUCCUACUCAAGACGUAGUGGUUCGAGCUCUGACUGUCACAUACCAGAAGGACAGUCGUUCAGUGAUUCAGUAUCAGUUCCUGUCGUGGCCGGAUCACGACGUUCCCUGCGAGGCUGCAGAAGUCCUGGACCUGCUGGAGAGAGUCAGAGACAGUCAGAGAACACACAGCUCACCUCUGCUGAUACACUGCAGUGCUGGCUGUGGGAGGACAGGAGUCAUCUGUGCUCUCGACUACAUCUAUGACCUGCUGGUUACCAAGCAGAUCACAACUGACUUCAGCAUCAUGAAGAUCAUCCUGGAGCUCAGGAGGCAGAGACCCUCGACAGUGCAGACUAAAGAACAGUAUCAGUUCAUCUUCUGGUCGGUCGUCUGUAUGAUCGAACGAGUCCUGCAGUCGAGCAGUAGACAGGUCUACGGCAACCUGCCGGAGCUGAAGAAACAAGACAAGAAAACGACAGUGAUUUCUGCUUCCUGCAACAAGAGAUCCCCUAGGCUGAUUAACAUGAAUGAUACGUAUGCUGUGGUCAACAAGGCAAAAACUCCCCACCCACCUCCAACAAACCCCGCCUGCUCCGAAGUAUCCCCGCCCACAUCCAGCGGGACGCUUCCCACCUCCCACCACUACGAUUACUAUCCUGCCAGCGUGUCCGCGGCUCCCGUUUACAGCUGCGUCCGACCCCGAGCUAAACCACACAGCCUGCCGCCCUCUGCCACGCCCAUUUAUGACACUGCAACGCCAGCCAAUCACAGGCCAGCUGAGGGAUCACUAUCACUGCACAGCAACGGAGCGUACCAACUGGUGCCAGCCAAACAACUUUCACCAGAAAAUGAGGUCUAUGAAGAAUUCUCCCCCUCAGUCACAAACAUGUCCAACAUCUGUUCACCUGGUGGCAUCGGGUUUAACUGUCGUAUUCAGAAGCCCAGAGGACCCAGAGAUCCUCCUGCUGAGUGGAGCCGACUGGAGAGAUGAACCGGUUCAACUGGACUAGGUCAAACUAGACAGAGUCAUUGUGUGAACGUUAACACAGAGAGACGAAGUUCAGUUGAACUGAAGUAAGACUUGUUGUGCGUGGUUUGAUGCGUCUUGUUGUUUUGUGUCGUGUGACCACGUGGUUCUGUCCUGAUCCCUGCCUCCAAAUAUUUUCGACACCUCAGGUCUUCAUGUCGUCUCUGUAGUUUAUCGAGUUUGAUUUUCAGUGUUUGGUACUUUUAAGGUUCAACCUGUAACUUUUCCCCAUUAAAAUGUCUACAAACAACCA